AAAAAACUCACCUGUUCUGCUCCAAACAAAUGGCGCCUGGCACACGAAACAACGACAACCGCACAAGGCGGUCAAAGCGAGAGAGGGUAGCAACAAACACAGCCGAACUGCCCGGGGAAGAAUCUUGAGGAUCUCUCCAGAUCCGGAGUCAAUGGAUUUUUACAUCUUUAGAGAGGGAGAGAGAGUUCAUAUCUUGAGUGUCAGGUGGAGGAGCAGAAAGAGUCCAGCUAUUCUGAUCUGAACAGGUUGAUGGAGUGACAGGUUGUUCAGUUCUUGAGUUCUCCGGAGGGAGGAGGCAUCCCUUUCCUGCUCUCCUUCAGUUCAGUUCUUGGGGUUCAGGUUUUUGAAGGACCCCUUCUGAACUCCUUGUUCUCCAUCAGACAAGGCCUCAAGAUGUAUGUCAUAGAGGACAAAGGGGGUGCCAUUGCUCUCAUGCUGGCCUCCCUCAUCUUCUUGGGAACAUGGCCUGCAGUCCUCACCCUCCUGGAGCGCCGAGGACGGCUUCCGCAGCACACCUACCUCGACUACUCGAUCACGAACCUCCUCGCCGCCGUUCUCAUCGCGCUCACCUUCGGCCAGCUUGGUGAGAGCAAGCCCAGCAUGCCCAAUUUCUUCACUCAACUCAGCCAGGAUAACUGGCCUUCAGUGCUGUUUGCAAUGGCAGGAGGUGUUGUGCUCAGUAUAGGGAACCUCUCUACUCAGUAUGCUUGGGCAUAUGUAGGUCUCUCAGUGACUGAAGUUAUCAGCUCAAGUAUGGUUGUUGUUAUAGGCACAACACUGAAUUAUUUCCUGGACAACCGCAUCAACAGAGCAGAAAUUCUUUUCCCUGGAGUGGGCUGCUUCCUUGUUGCAGUCAUUCUUGGCUCUGCUGUACAUGCCUCCAAUGCAGCUGAUAAUGAAGAAAAAUUAAAUGGCUCCACAAAUAUCUAUAAACUUGGGGAAAAUGGAAGUGUAGAUUCAAGCAAAGAAAAAGACGCUGCCAAGGACUUGGAGAAUGGAGCUUCUGCAGCCAAAUAUGUUGACAAAGCUGAAGCAGGAACUGCAGAAUACUUGAUUGAGCUCGAAGAACGGCGUUCAAUUAAGGUAUUUGGGUCAAGCACCUUCAUAGGGCUUGGGAUAGUGUUCUUCUCAGGUGUCUGCUUCUCACUCUUCUCCCCAGCAUUCAACCUUGCCACCAAUGAUCAAUGGCACACCCUGAAAGAGGGAGUCCCACACCUGGUGGUCUACACCGCCUUCUUCUACUUCUCGAUAUCGUGCUUCGUCAUCGGCAUCGGCCUGAACAUCCUGUUCCUAUACCGUCCUAUGGCCGGCGUGCCAAAGUCAUCCUUCAAGGCAUACCUGAAUGACUGGGAAGGCAGGCAAUGGGCUCUUCUUGCCGGCUUCCUGUGUGGCUUUGGUAAUGGGUUUCAGUUCAUGGGUGGUCAGGCUGCUGGCUAUGCUGCUGCUGAUGCUGUCCAGGCCUUGCCACUUGUGAGCACAUUCUGGGGGAUACUGCUCUUCGGGGAGUACCGAAAAUCGUCGCGGAAGACGUACAUCCUGCUCGGGUUCAUGCUGUUCAUGUUCAUUGUCGCCGUCGCGGUGCUCAUGGCUUCAUCAGGUCACAGGAGCACAAAGUGAUUGUUUCAGAAUUUCAGAUCCUUUCAUCUCUUCUUCUCUUGUGUUUGCAAGCGCAAACAAAACCACCAUUGCUGUCAGAAGGCAAAGAAGUUCAGGCAGCAGCAGCAACAAACGCAGUGGAGCCUUCAGUCCAGGUCUCCAGGAAGCAGGUCAUGUCCAGCAAGAAGUGAUGAAUGAACUCCAUUCAUGGAAUUUCUAGUGGAUGGAGAUGUACAUAAGAAAGAAAAAGGAAAAAAAAAUGGAAGUAUGUGGAUUUGUGAUUUCAAGUUUGUGUUGGAUUAUAUAAAUGUAAUGUUAUCCUUUCUGUAAGACCACCUGAAUGAUAAGAAAGAUAGUUAUGUUCGGCUAA